CUAUCAACGAAGAAAGUCGAUAUUUUAAGUACAGUACUAAUGGAGACAAUCUAUGAUGAAAAUUUACCAGUGCUUGAGCGUAUAAAAUUUCCAAUGGUUUGGGAAAGACUGAAAUGUGGUGUACGGAUACAGGACCUUCAAGAGGACAAAUACGAAGAGGCUUUGCAGAUUGCUAAAGACUUCUUCAUUGAGGAUGAUCCUAUGUGUGUGGGAUGUAAGUUGAAUGAGGAAGAAGACUCUGUCCAGGAGUUCCUGGACUUGAUCCAGCUUUGGAUACAAGAUACACAGUCUAUCCUGGCAGUUGAAGAUGAGACAGGGGAAGCUGUUGGAUUGUUGGUAGGAAGAGCAAAUGAUUGUUGGAGCCAUACCAAAACUAUGAGUCGGAUGAGGAUUUUUAAAUCAGAUGCACUCGGUAAGAUGCAAAGGUUUCAAGCUCACAUUCACAGACAGGUCGAUUUGUUUGAACAGUUCAGAACAGAAGCUUACUUCAAAGUUUAUCUUUGGUGUGUUUCAAGAGACUACAGGAAUAGAGGUGUCGGCAAAGCGCUACUCCGUGCGGCCAUACACCAGACCCGUCUGUUUAAGAUGCCCCUGGUUAUGGGGGUGUUUACGGGGUCUGUGAGUCAAAAUGUGGCCUCCACCAUGGACUUCUGUAGCCUCGUGGAGAUCCUCUACUGGCAGUGGAAGGAGGGGGAUGUUUCAGUCUUUGAUAACCCUGGAGCCGGGAACAACUCGGCUCAGCUCAUGGUAUAUACCAUCCCGGAGAACUUGGCUUUGACCAUAGAAGAGGAGGUAGAGGACCAUGAUUAGCAUGCAAGAAGGUUCAGUUGGAAAGUAUAUUCUCGUGAGCUGUUUCGUUUUGUAUUUAAAUUAGAAGACAAAUGUAAAUCAAUGGGUGGAUAUGAAAAAUGGCUUUUCUACUUGAAAAUUGUACAUUUUGUAAUGAAAAUAUAUUGUUAUGUUUUUGUACUUUAAAUACAGAAAUGUGUAUUAAAUUAU